GUUUACGCUCAGAGGGGACCUGGCUGAGUCUUCAUCAGCACCAGUCCCACACUGAAUGUAGCCAAUAAUGUUGCCGAGGGGCGGGGGGGGAGGGGAGCGCAGGCUGCAGACCCCCUGAGUCUGACGAGAGUCUGGCGGCUUUCUUACAGAGGAGAGGCAGCGGCGGCGGAGAUGGACUCACACCUCUGAUUACUGCUCAUCCUCCACUCAGCUUUUUUGCGCCAGAUCUGGAACGGCUACAUUUCACAGACGGGAUUUGUGUUGGUUCCGGACGGACAGACUGCAGCCACCUGAACGCGGGAAGGAAAGAUUUUUGUUUUUUAGUUACAUUCCGACGCUCAGUUCGGUGGUCUCACCUGUACUGCCCGGUGGGGAGACUCGCUGCGAUCACAAUGCAUCCGAAUAAGUGCUUACCUGAACUGAUGGCCGAGAAAAACAGCCUGGACCCGUCUUUUGUUCAUGCGGUUCGGCUUCUAGCAGAGGAGAUUGGGAAAUAUGAAGGCGAUGAGCUGAAAAAAGAUGCGGACACAAAGAAAUACCUUGAUAUCAUCAGCAAUAAAAACAUCAAGCUCUCUGAAAGAGUUCUUAUCCCUAUCCAACAGUAUCCAAAGUUUAACUUUGUAGGGAAGCUGCUUGGACCGCGAGGGAAUUCUAUGAAAAGAUUACAAGAGGAGACAGGAGUGAAGAUGUCCAUCCUUGGCAAAGGAUCCAUGAGGGAUAAAGAAAAAGAAGAAGAAUUACGGAAAAGCGGGGAGGCCAAAUACGCCCACCUGUGUAAUGAUUUACACGUUUUAAUUGAAGUCUUCGCUCCACCGGGAGAGGCCUAUUCCCGCAUGAGUCAUGCCUUGGAGGAAAUUAAAAAAUUUCUUGUUCCUGACUACAAUGACGAGAUCAGGCAAGAGCAGCUGAGAGAGUUAUCCCUGCUGAACGGAUCAGACGAGUCGAGCAGAGGGAGGAGCACACAGGGGAGGAGCCUAAGGACAACGACAACAACAGCAUCCACAAUGGGCCACGGAGGUGCAAGCAGAAGAGCAGCAACACCACGAGGGACAGCCGCAGCCACACACAGCAAACUUCCCAAAACCGCUCUGACGAGGGACUUGCAAGCUCCAAGGGCCAGGGGGGCAGCAGCAAACGCCGGAUACAGGCCCCCACUGUUAGCAGUCACACAUGAAUCAUAUGAUGACUAUGGCUAUGAAGACGGAUAUGAUGAAGAAUAUGAAGAUGAGACUUAUGAAGCCUAUGAUGAAAACUACAGCACUCAGACAAAGAGCAUUUCAGAAUAUUAUGAACAUGGACACGGAACCAGUGAUGAAUCGUACAACAGUUAUGAGGAAGAGUGGACAAGCCCCAGACCCAUUCUCAAAGCUCCAGCGUUACGCCUGACAAGAGGAGGCUACAGAAAACAUCCCUAUGAUACUGAAAAACACCAUAGUGUGUUGUCAUCAAAGCACAGAGAAACGCUGCAGGGCACAAAGACGACACAUUCAAGAUGGAAGAUCCCCUUCACACAUUUUCAUCUUCAUCCAAAGAGAAAAUUCUUGGACGGAGACAGAAGCAGACUUCGGGGGGAAAUCCAAUGUGAGACAUGAUGGAAGAUCCACAGGCGUACUUUGUAGGAUGGGUUGAACACCUGGUGGACUAUAAAACUUCCAAGUCUGAUUGUUAUUGGCAUGGACUAUAAAAUGUCCUCUGGCUAUAUAAUUUUCAUUUCUCCUAAAAUCUACAGAGUUUGUAUUUGUAGCUUUGAAGACACAGAGUUUUAUUGUUUUCGUAAAACUUUACUUUGGUUGUCCUAAGAUAAAAUAGGGAAAAUUACCAUGGAACAUGUUAACACUUUCUCAGUAAAUCCAUUUAUUACAGGGCUAUUGGUGUGAAAUUCACACCCGAUUCUAGAAAAUAAUUCACACAAAUAUAUUAAGUUAUGUGAAAUAAAAUUGAACGACACAGCGUAAGUACUAACAAAAAAUGUAUUUUUAGGCUAACUUCAGUUUUUUUUUCCAAAGAUGAACAGUUUGUUCACUGGUGUAAAGACUUAACUGGAAUAUGAUGUUUGUGAUGAGGAGAAUUUUAUGUGAAUAGCCUCUUUAGAAAUAUAUUCACUGAGAAAGACAUCGAUGCAUUUAAUGGUUAUUUUACAAGUUAUUAUUGUCCUCUGCUAAUUUUAUUUUAUUUUGAAAAUCCUGAUUAUUAAAAUGGUGAGAUGUUUUCAUCUAGCGUCUGCUGUGAUUUCAGACCUGGCCGACUGCACCCUGUGUCUUUACCCCAGUUGUUGUAAUAAAUGGUACACUUAGGGCUGCCAACAGGAACAUGUUAGUUCAUUAAGUAAGUCGAGCCCACUGCCAGCGUCCUGGCCAAAUGUCACAGCCAGUUUACAACCCUGCCGGUAAAUCCUCCUGCUGCUCCGUAACAGCUUCACUUCUAGUCCUUUCCCUGGGUCUUCAUAAUAAAUGACGCUCUCUGUACCUCUAAAUGCACACGGUAAUUAACGGCAGAGAUUGAUAGAAGCAAUACAAGGUCACUACUGUUCAAAUAAAUGUUCACAACCGA